AUGAUUAUUUUGCUUAAUGGUCAUACAAAAGGCCAAAGACCAUGGAGAGCCUUGAACCCCGAACAUAAGCAUUAUCCGAGUGACUUUACUUUUGGUGGGUUUGAAAGCGCACAAUCUGUACAUGAAACUGUGUUGGAUUCUGUACAAAAAGCUUUCCUUGGUGUGAUUGUACCCAAGGUUUUGACCCUUUUUGGCUGCAUCCCUAGACAGGAACAUUGCGAGAUUAGAUAUUAUCACACAAGACCAGAAAAGAGGGCAUUAAGUUUGUAUCGAGAAGGGCAAAACGAUAGUGUUGACGCAAAUAUUCUAGAUGUGCAUCUAGCAAGAUGUAUUUCCAGGGCAAAGCUGGGAAGACAUCCUCUCUCUUGGGGAACAACAGAGAUCCGGCAUUUGCUACAAUUGUUGAAGAGCACCAUUACCUGCAUGCACAUGAUCAUCACGGUUAUUACAUCAUCACAGGUUGAUAUUGAAUAGAGUCCACAAGACAUUUAAAAGUAGACUUGGAAGUCUUUCAAGAGAUGGUGGCCAGUGGCCACAUACUGAAAAAACUUGUUGGUCCAUAACGUGUUACUCCUAUUAUUGACAGCUAAUGCCUGCGAC